AUGGCUUCUGCAUUAAGCAACAAGACAAACGCCGAGACGGCGGAAACCACUCUCACAAAAGAUCCCACAGAGACAACCACUGAAGGAACUUUGAACAAGAAAACACCCGACUCUAAUCCAGAGGAGGAGGAUGAUGAUUCCUUAGACGACAAGGAAGAGUCCAACGAAAGCGAGGUAGAAGAAGAAGAAGACGGAGAUAGCAUUGUGGACGACGGAGACUCAACAGAUGAUCAACCGGAAUGGGGAGUGGAUAGCUACGAUGAAAGCGAGUAUUGGUCGCCUGAUGAAGACUCUUAUUCUGAUGAAGAAAAUGAACGUAGAUCCCGUCUUUAUCAACGCAACCUCCACUUAAGCCACGUUCGAAAAGGAUGUGAGAUUGGAUCAUGUUGUGAGACGGAAGAGUCUUUUACUGGUACCGAGUCUUUUACUGGUACAUGGGUUUCGUACAUCACUUUCAUGGCGAAAGAGUCUGAGGAGGAAGACGCUACUCUUGUGGAGUAUCAAGCCAAGGUUGCCAAGAAAUUAAAACGCAAGUCUUAUCCCAUCUUCUGCAGGCCAAGUCCCAAGCAAGAUCAGUGA